AUGUCUGAGAAUAUACACACAAUGGUAAUAAGAGGAAUGACUAUUGAUUCCAAUUACUUAGUAGAUGUCGAUGAAAAUGGAAUGAUAUAUGGAAUAACACAACACCAUAGACUUCACCAUCAACCUAGUUACUCUAACAAUUUCGUUUGGGGUCAUUAUUCGGCCUUGGUUUGGAAUUUCCUUUCGUAUAUGCUCAUGAACACUGAUGACAUGUCAUACGAGACACUUUAUAAUGUGCAAGAAUUUCCUUCAUUAGGUGACCCUCAUAGUGAUAUGCGCUUGGACAUUGAUGGCAUGUCAUAUGAGGAACUUCUUGAGUUAAGUGAAUGGAUGAAUGACAACUCGGAAAAGGGUUUGUCAGAAGAUAUUAUUGCAAGACAUAUGCAGACAAAAAGUUAUCUACUAUCUGAGAACUUGGGGGAUCAGGAAUCUGAUAUUUGCAUAAUAUGUCAGGAUGAAUAUAAAAAUAAAGAGGAGAUUGGAAUUCUUCAAUGCGGACAUGAAUACCAUGGAGAGUGUAUAAAGAGAUGGUUACAUGAGAAAAAUGUUUGUCCCAUGUGCAAAUCAAAAGGAUUGACUAUUGAAUAG